CAAUUUCACGACAUUGAAUGCUGAAUUUGCUCCCUUCUUGUGGCCGUGGAGCUGAGAUGUUCUGUAAUCUGCCAUGGCAAGAGGCUUCAUGUUUCCAUGGGGCUGCUUCAGGAAGCCCGUCUACAUCCAGGCCAGAUUCUCCUACCUACAUAUGAAGUACCUGUUCUUUUCCUGGCUGGCAGUGUUUGUGGGUAGCUGGAUAGUGUAUGUGGAGUACUCAUCCUACACAGAACUGUGCCGUGGGCAUGACUGCAAAAAUUCAAUAUGUGACAAGUACAGGAAAGGAGUAAUUGAUGGCUCGGCCUGCAGCAGCCUGUGUGAGAAAGGCACACUUUACCUGGGCAAGUGUUUCUCUUCCAAGCCAAACAGCCAGGUGUACUCUGGGAGCUGGGGAGACCUGGAGGGGGUCAUUAAGUGUCAGAUGGAGGAGGUUCCUAAUUAUGACUUGGGAGCUGAGAUGGAACCCAAGAAGGAGGCUGUGGCCUUCAACAAGCCCACUAAGGGCACCUCUGUGGAGAAGUUCAAAGAGAUGAUCCUUGGCCACCUGAAGGCCAAAGUGGGAGAUCAGGCCAACCUCCCAGACCUGGCAACAGUGGUACUGUCUAUUGCAGAUGCCAACAAGGAUGGACAUAUCUCCCUCCCUGAGGCUCGCUCCAUGUGGGCACUACUGCAGCUCAAUGAGUUCCUGCUGGCUCUGGUGCUGCAGGACAGAGAGCACACACCCAAGCUCCUGGGCUUCUGUGGAGACCUGUAUGUGGUGGAGAAAGUGCCAUAUUCACCCCUGUAUGGGAUCAGCCUGCCCUGGGUGAUCGAGUUGUGGAUCCCUGCGGGUCUGCGCCGCAGCAUGGACCAGUGGUUCACCCCUUCCUGGCCACGCAAGGCCAAGAUCUCCAUUGCACUGCUGGAACUGGUGGAAGACAUUUUCCAUGGCACCUUUGGCAGCUUCCUCAUGUGUGAUGUCAGUGCCACCAAUUUUGGCUACAACGACCGCCAUGACCUAAAGGUGCUGGACGCACGGUACAUUGUCCCUGAGGCCAGCUUCCAAGAAGGUAUGAGGGAGCGGCGCUGCGAUGUGGACGAGGACUGUCUCUAUGGGGUUGACUGCCACACCUCCUGUGACCUCACCAAACAUCGCUGCACGCCUGAGGUCACCAGGCCCAACUUAGCCAAAGCUUGCAGUGCACUGAAGGACUACAUUCUCCGAGGUGCACCGUCUGACAUGAGCGAGGAGCUGGAGAAACAGCUGUAUGCCUGCAUUGCACUGAAGGGCUCUGCAGAACAGAUGGAAAUUGAGCACUCGCUUAUUCUGAACAAUCUAAAAACUUUGCUAUGGAAGAAGAUAUCGCAUACAAAAGACUCCUAAUGAAUGACAAAGAAACAAUGUGCAGACUGAUUCGUCUCCACUUUAAGCAAAAUAAUGGACAAUCAUUUUUCCUGUGAGGAGAAGGGGUAAUAAUGCAAAAAUAUUUUCCCCUUGUACUUAACUUUAGAGGCAUAUUAUUUUCAAUUUUAUCUUACAGCACUUAAUUUUGCAGCUGUUGACACCAGUUUCAUACUGACCAUGAAAUAAUCACACAGCAGUGAAUAAUGUCUUAUUUUCAAUGUAUUAGGGGAAAAAAGACAAGUGAUAUUUCUUGUAUUAUAAGAAAUUAAUAAAUCAGAUUCCA